AUGAUCCAUUAAAACCUAGUCUUUGGUAAUUUAAUAACGUCAAAUCAAUUGGAGUGGCUUGUAAAAAAGUAGAAAAUAUUACUCAAAUCACCACAGGAUAUGAAUGAAAAAAAAACGAAACCUAAAAGAUUAUUUAGAUCAACAAGUUUUAAGACUGAACAACAUGCACUAUUAUUAUCGAACCCUAAAAAUAAUUAAACCAAGAGUCCUAUGCUUUUGAAGCCACGAAUAGAAAAGAAUGGCUUAAGAAAACUUCCUUCUAAACCUAAUCCAUCUGAUGAAUAGGGGAAGAGUGAAAAAUCAAUUACCAGCUCUUAAAGAAGAAGCAGCGCUCUAUAAAUAAAAAUUAAAAGAAGAUGGAGUUAUCUUCAAAUACAAGGCGAGAAAUAUAAGCGUCUGAAUAAUAAGGCUCCGAAAAAUAUUAUUAAAUAUCAUUAUGUAACUGCAGAAAAAGAAAAAAAGAAAAAACUAAAUCGAUUGAGGAUGCAGUAUAAAUUCAUUAGUCGACUACAAAAAAAUAAAUUUAGAAAACUUAGAAGUAAAACGCUCCCCUUAUCUCAAUUCAUUCGGAUGAGACAUACUAGGGCAAAAACGUUUGCUGAAGAUUAGCAUCAAGGUCCUAUAUUAAAUUUAGAGGAAUCAUUGAAAAGAAAGAUAAACAUGCUUGUAGUAUUAAGAAAGAGUGCAAUGCGAAGACAUACUUGUUUUUAGAUGCCAAAAAAGAGCGUAUUAGUUUCAAAAGAAAAAUUAAUAAAUUACUAAAAAUAAAUAUCUGAUAAAUUAGUCAAAACUGAAAGUCAAGUUGAAUUUUCCCCUGCUUUAGAUUAAAUUCUAGUUUAUCAAAGACGAGUGAACUUUACUGAUUUAAAAUAGUCAUUCAAAAUAGCUUAACAGAAAAAGAAAUGCUUUUUAUCUGGUUAGUUUAAAAAGAAAUCACAUAGUAUAAUCACAUCUUAUAUUUCGAAUAAGGCAGUAACUUAGAAUUCUGAAUAUUAAUCCCUUUUGUUAAAACCAUUAAAUUAAUUGAUCGAGAAAAAGACAUAAACAGUUCGUGAAAAGAAUACAAAUCACCAAUCUUGGUCAGAUAGAAGCUUGAUGAAAAGAAGACCGAAUUUACUAUUAAAAUUAUAACCUUAUUUAUCAAAAUAAGUAAUUGUUAAAUGUUGA